AUGGAGCACCGCCAACAGUAUCCACAGCCUUAUCAGGGACAAACACGACACACUCGCUUUCCUAGCGACAGUAACAGUAGUGAGCAGAGCGACGAAUCCGUCUUUAGCGGCUUCACCAGCUAUGAUCCGGCCGCUGUGUAUCUCACUUCGGAUUACUUCGCUCCGAAGUCCCAUAACAUCACCGAGCAAACAGUGAGACUCGAUGGUGUAUCAUCGACGGAAUUUCGGGCUCAGAACCCUGCCUGGAAUUCUGAUCACAAGUCAAACGAUUCUAAGGCCGAAACCAGGAAAAGCAGGCUGUCAUCGUUGGCAAACCUCAGGGGUGUCAAAAUUCCAAGGAAGACAGGGAGCUGGACUUGGGAAGUAAUCGCUAUGCUGCUCGCAGUUGGCGCUGUUGCAAGCAUUAUCGCCCUCCUCGCCCGAUACGAUAGAAGACCACUACCAAGCUGGCCUUAUGAGAUCACCCUGAACGCAUUGAUUGCGGUCUUGACGACAAUAGCGAACGCAUCCAUGGCAGUACCAUUGUCCAGCGGACUGGGUCAGCUCAAAUGGGAAAGGAUGAAGAAGGGCUAUGCACCGCUGGCAGAUAUGGAGGUUCUUGAUGAAGCAAGCCGAGGGGCGUGGGGGGCUGUCAACAUGCUACGCAGACUCCGUGGCGGACUAUUCGGCUCGCUGGGCGCGAUUGCCGUGAUCGUGGCCCUCUUCUUGUCCCCCUUCGCCCAGCAGGUUAUUAUAUAUCGCACUUUGCCUCUGGAGUCGGACUCGGGCGCAACAAACUAUCGCGCGAUGAACUUCACAGUAGCGUUGCCGAGCGUUGACUCUGCCGUCCCAUUCGUCCCAGUCCUUCCCAUCAAGUCCGCCGUCUAUAAUGGCCUAUUUGCUGAGAACAACAAGCCCUGGACCAGCCUUCCCGUCAGCUGUGAGACUGGAAAUUGCACAUGGGAGCCUUUCGAUACCCUCGCGGUCUGCAAUUCCUGUGUGGACAUGACACCGUACCUCCAACGCGAUUGCGCUUCUGGUGACGAGGACUGUGGGUGGAAGCUAAUGUCUGGACCCGUUCUGAACAAGAGCGAUGUCUUCAGCAUGACAUCCCAGUUCCCGUCGACAGACGGUGGGGCGCCCUGGUCCAACAUCAUGAAGCUUACAUUCAUGGGCACGGAGAGCAACACAGCAGAGGCGGGGAAUGUGCAACCUUGGGCUCGUCAAUGCACCCUGUCCGCUUGCGUGCAGACAAUCCAGUCUCACAUCAUCAACGGAAACCUGGUGGAAAACGUCACGCACAAGGUUGAGAACAACACGGUCAUGACGUCCAGCAGUUUCAUCACAGACCUGGCCCCCAUCACCAUCACAGCCGACGCAACAUACAACACUUCCUCCCCAGCCGCGCCGUAUGUUCUUUCCGCCGAGGCCAUGCUGGGCAUUCAGUCCUGGUUUGCACAGCUCUUCGCCAACGGGUCUGCCACUCGGACCGACUCCGUCAUCAACACGACGCUGACUUCGGCUGCCAACGCGCCGAUCGCCGUCAACCUCACAGUCGGUAUCUCGUCUGGAGCUACUUUCUUCGACACGGACAUUGUACAGGCCUUCUACUGGAACUACUACGAAUACCCGUCUGGGCUGGACAUGCUCAUGAACGACCUGGGCGUAUCCUUGACAGUCGCCUUCCGCAGCCUCUGGGGAGCGGAGGCAAUCAACGGAACGGCAUUUACGAAUGAGUCGUUCGUAUAUGUUCGCUGGGGCUUCAUUACGCCUUUGAUUCUGUCAGUUCUGUUGACGGCGGCGUUUUUGGCCCAAGCAAUAUACCGCAGCUGGAGAUGUGGUGCCAAAUUGUGGAAGAGCAGCGUGUUGGCUGUGUUGUUCCACGGGCUGGAGGAUGAUGUGAGGGAGAAGUUUGCUGAUGUGGGUGAGUUCCAACUGCAGCGGCGUAUUGCCAGAGAUGUCAAGGUAAGGCUUGACGAAGGUGUUGCUGCAGGUGGCUUGCUGAGAGCUGAACGUGUAUACUGA